AUGGCAAAAUUUCACGCUUUGAUAAAAGAAAAAUUUCAACAAAAUUUUUAUGAACCGAUUAAUAAUCAUUUACGCACAGAUGUACGGUCUGCAGAGGAAACACAAAUAAGCAGCGAGGUUGUGGAAGAGUCUACUAAUUCUGAACAAAGCUGUAUAUUAAUUCCUUCAUAUGCUUGUCGUGAUAAAGGAGGAGAAGAAUGGAAAGUUUAUGUACGAGGCUGGGCUUUUAGCUCCAAAACUCAAAGCCGGAAGCAAAAAUGGAUGAUCGGUGUUGCACGUCGGGUAGCUGGUGUGAACAAUGAUGAGCAAAAAAGCAAAACACUUGAAGAUAGAUUUAGCAUGUUUUUAGCAAAAAAUCUUAGAAAUCAAGAAUAUAAUGUUCAAAUAGAUGGCCUUGCUCUAGGUGAUGAUGAUUUUUCUCAAGACUGUGAUGACAAGUCGCAGUGCUAUGACUCUCAAACCUCAUCCACUCACAUUACAAGUGACGCCGGUCAUUUUUCGGGCAUAAUUAGGAUUCGUGCCGAAAUUAUCGAUAAGUGGAUUGCUAGCGUAAACAAAAAUGAUAUGCCCGUAAGAUGGCUUAAAUUAUCUGCAAUGCCAGAAGGGGAAAUGCAAGAUAAAGCGGAAAAAACUUAUGGCUUCGCCAACUUAAUUGAUGUUUAUGGCAUAUCUAUCAUAUCCGAUAUUGAUGACACUAUCAAACACACGGGCAUAGGCGGUGGUCCACGUGUAGCGCUUUCUAGUACCUUUUUGUACGAUCCGAAAGAGGUUUCUGGUAUGGCCGAAGUUUAUAAAGAAUGGUAUGAUCAAGGCGCAUCGAUACACUACGUAUCAAAUUCUCCUUGGCAACUAUUUCCCAUGCUAGAACAAUUUUUCCGCACUAAGAAUUUUCCUCGUGGUUCGACGCAUCUGAAACUAUAUAAUGAUCUAAAAAGCCUAAUAGAAGAACCAGGGAAUACAAAACGCAAAUAUAUUAAAGAAAUUAUUAAGGACUUUCCUAAUAGAAAAUUUAUCCUUAUUGGUGAUAGUGGAGAAAUUGACAUGGAAAUCUAUUCCGACAUAGCGGAAGAAUUUCCAGAUCAAAUUUUAUACGUCUUUAUCCACGAUGUGUCCACAGAACGUCUUAAAUCGCGUCCACCACCUCCAAAACGAUCAAGGUCUUUUCCAUUUAUACCGACGCGUCCUCCACGUUUGUCCAAAUUUCCAAAUACAAUGCCAGCUGUAAUUGAUACUAGUGUAGAUAAUAUUGUCGAAAAUAAUACCGUCGAAAAUAAUACUGUCGUCGUAGAAAGUUCCGUCGUCAUAGAUAAUUCUUCAGCGGAUGAUUCUGGUGUUGGAAUUUUGUCGCCAUCUGAAUACUCAACACCAACACUACCAACAACACCAACAACACCACCAACACCAACAACACCACCAACACCACCAACACCACUCACUCCAACUACACCAGGUAUCGAUCUUCUUCAGGAAUUUCUAGACCGUGUCGAAAAAUGUCGUCAAAAAGUUCCUCGUUAUGCCUUUGAACUGUUUACAGACAGUCAAUUAAUGUCUAGUGCAAGGUUUAAUAUUUAUAAUUAA